AUGUCUGGCGGUUUGACGGAAGGGUCGAGUGGAUUUGAGGAGUUGGUGGAGGUGCUGCACGACGACUUGCGAAUGAGUGCAAUUGCUGACAAGAUAAAGCAGCGAAUCGACCUCCAGCUGGACCAGGCGCCAACAGCGGGAGUGAGUGUGUUCGUCAGCAAUCAAGCGCCUUCUGUGAAUUUUGAUGAGUUGGAGCAUAUCGAUGAGGGCUGGUUCGAAUCCACCGACUGCCAAAUCGCCGAUUGGCACCAGUACGUGGAGAUCGUGCCCGCUCAGACCCCGCCUAUGGUCCCGACGCCCGGGGAUACUAGCGAGCACACGUCCGACUCGUUGCGCCCGCACGCCCGAGUGGUCCUUCGCUGCACACGCGACCUUCGCGCUCAGGCUGACCAAGAACUCUGCGCGUUUGGUGAGUACGUCGCCCACCUACUCAAGGACUUGGGCGAACAGCACACGCCCACUGCCGUCGACGCCAACACGGCCGAACAAAUAACCAGUGAAAUGUUUAACCCCAAAACCAAGUCUGGAAUGCUUGUCUCGAGACAAGAGCUCUACCUCCUUAAUGUUGGGCCCAGGCUUCGAACAGGGCAGGAGUCACACAGUGCCACCGGUUUGCGCAGUUCCGACGCGCGACAGAUGAUCGAAAGGCGUGAACAGUCCAAAGUAAGGGAUUCCCCUACCGGCGAUAGUCCGGCGGACUUUCCUAUCGGCGACACUGACCUCCCCCCACCCAUCGGAGAACGCAGACACAACAGCGACGACCAUUCCGAGCCCGAACCGCCUGCCGUACUCGACUACGGUAUCGAGAUCUUCAUCCGCAAUCCCAACGAGACCCGGACGUACCGCAUGGUUCGACACCCACGCGACCAGGAAAGGCAAUAG